UACUAUAAAUACCAGACAAUUUAAUAACUACAAAUAUAUUAUUACCUUAAACGUGGGCCGCCCAUGGUCUCUAUAAAUUGGCACAUUUUAUCUUUCUAUUGCAUAUAUAUUACCUCCAAAAAAGAAAAAAAAAUACACGGAAACAUGAGUCGUCUCUGGUGCUUUUUGCUUAUCAUUACAUUGUGCGUGGGGUUGAAUAAUGCGGGAGUGUUGGAGAAAAACUCCGUACACUUCAAAAAUUCUCUUGGUCCAAACAAUAUUCUCAGGGUCGAUUGUUCAUCAAAAGAUGACUUUCUAGGCGUCCACGAUUUGAAGCCUGGACAAACCUUUGAUUUUAGUUUUAAUGACAGUAUAUUAAAAACCAAAUUCGAUUGUACCUUAGCGCAGGGACAGGGUUUCAUUCAUCAGGCAAGCUUUAGAGCAUAUGAAGGUGGUGGUUUCAUAGUUCAUUAUGGUAAGGAGAAUUUUUGGGAUGCUAGAGAAGAUGGAAUUUACUUUACACAUGGUAAAGAAACGUCCAAGUUAGAGUAUAAGUGGUCAUAAAAUGUCACUGUAAUCCUCAAAUGAAGUGGAAUUUAGAGUUUUUGUUUUGUUUUAUUUUAACGGCAAUUUCUCAUCUCUUGUUCUUGUAAGAACAACGUAUCGAAUAAAAUUUAUAUUGCAAUCGCAUCUGUGACUUUUGGUGGAUAUGAAAAAUUGUGUUUGUUAAGAACAAAUACAAUACUAAGAACUUCAAUAUAUAUACAUAUAUAACCUACUAGUUCUAUAUAAUUUGUAGUAUUUUUUUUGAUUAACAUGAGCUUAACU